CUCCCUCAGAGGUAAGCAUCACUGCAAAUCAAUACAAAGUUAUUCUGACUGAUCACCUUUAUCCUAUGAUGAAACAUUAAUCAUAGGAUAUUAUGCUGAUGGGAAUGCUCACUUCCAGAAGGACAAAGUUCCCAGUCACAGGGCAUUGGAUCACUGAAUGGUUUGAUAAGCAUGAAAAUGAUGUAUAUCCAAUGUUAUGUCCUUCACAGCCACAAGAUCUCAACCCUACUAAACACAUAUAAGAGAUUUUGGAGCAAGGUGUAAGACACGACUCUCCACCAUCAACAAAACAUCAAUUGAAGCACUAUCUUUGAGAAGAAUGGUGUUCCUACCUCCAGCACAGUUCCAGACAUGUGUGAAAUCUAUGCUACAAUGCACUGUUCUGGCAGCUUAUGGUGGCCUAACACCAUCACCUUGCUAAAACACUUUGUGUUGAUAGUUUUUAGUAUCUAUUUUGAAAAUCAAACCUAUUAUAAAUACAUUUUUGGUGCAACUAGAGUAUUGUAGGUUUUUGUUUUGUUUUGUUUUUUGCAUUUGUUGGAUGUCUGCUGUAUAUGAUUAAAAGAAAACACUAUAUUUUAUUGUAUGCCUCUCUGAUUCUAGAAAAAUAGGCUUCCUGUAUGUUAAGUAGGAACCAAUAUUCAGUAUGUAGGAAGCCGGGCGUUUAUUCGGGAUACACCGAGUUCGCUGAAAGGCUACGCGAACCUGAAGGUGGCAGACUGGCUCUACAAACCAGUGUCUGUGGGACUGUGGCCUAUUUUAAUAUCACUGCACAAACCUGGUAAUGCUCAACAAACUUUUCCUCUGAUUCAGUUGAAUUCUAUGGGUGACAAACGUCAGAGAGCAAGAGUACAGGGCUCUUGGGCCAAACCUCUGCCCAAACCAGCAUGUUCAACAGCACAUGUGCAGCAAAAGUCUGGGUCAUGGAAGGCUGGACCAGUAACGUAUGAGUUCAAUCAGCCCGCUGAUCCCCUCAGAGUGAUACCUGUGGAGAAGGUGAUUGAGGAUGCUGGGGUUUAUGAGAUCAGCCAGGGUCCCACUGGAGUAUCCAGACUGCGGCUCCUUCCUGGGUUUUUGCCACUGGAGCAGGCAGACUGGAUGUUCUCUAAGCUGUUGGCUGAGCUUCCAUGGUCACAGAAGACCAAUUAUGGCAUGAUGGGUGAAGCAUAUGAGGAACCAAGGCUGACCUGCUGGUAUGGAGAACUUCCUUACACAUAUUCUCGCUCCACAAUGCAAGCCAACCCUCAGUGGCAUCCCAUCCUCCUGAACCUGCGUCAGACUAUAGAGCGGGAGAUCUCUCACACCUUUAACUCCUUGCUGUGUAACCUAUACCGUGAUGGGAAGGACAGCAUUGCUUGGCACAGUGAUAAUGAGGCGUCUUUUGGCCCUCGCCCCACCAUAGCCUCUCUCAGUCUCGGGGAUACGAGAGUCUUUAGGCUCCGGAAGAAGCCUCCUCCAGAAGAAAAUGGGGACUACACAUAUACAGAGAAGGUGAAGAUACCAUUGAGUCAUGGAACACUCUUAAUAAUGGAGGGUUGCACUCAAGAUGACUGGCAGUACCACAAAGGUUUUUGAACUUUAUGCUUGGGAGCAGUGCCUCAGAAGAUUGAGGCUCACCAUGGACGUUUCCAUUAGUGGCUGGGGAGCAUUGUGGUGCCACAUGGGCACAGAGGGUGUGUGCCCUCCUGGUGUAAGAUUGCAACACAUCAAUGACCUGGAAUUGAGGGCGGUCCUAGCUCUCAAGUUUUUCUUAUUGGUUCCGAGAUGUCGCAACGUGUUGGUCCAUUCAGAAAAUGUCACAGCCAGAUAUGAAUCACCAGUGCAAGAUGGCCCUCUUCACCUUGUGUGGAAGGUGGGCCCAUAUAAGAGCUGUAAGUCUUAAGAGUAAAAUCUUAAACUGGAUCCUAUAAAGAGGCCAUUGUGGCAAUGCCAACACUGCUGUGUAUUUUCUUGGUACCUGUGAGCAAUCUGCAUUUUGCUCUAAUUGUCAGAGGGCAACAGACCCCUUACAAAUGUCAAAAUACAGCAAUUUAUGGCAGUCUAUGCAAAACUUAAUAAACACAUGAAUAUCUUUUUCCAAGUCUUGAAAAAGAGGAGUGACCUGAUUUUAGAAAUCUUUCCAUGCUAAAGAUAACUACUGUUUACCAGCUACUACUACUCAAAUUUCUGGUCACAGUUGAAUAAAACACCAAGAUUCUUCACCCAUGGACUAACAUAUUGUGCCAGUCCUCCUAAGUUUUUUAAAGUUUUUAAAAGAGAUGGAUAGCUGAUUUGUUUUAAUUUAAUUGAAGAAAAUUAUUAGCCAUCCAACUCUUAAUAGCCCUUAUAUAGAUUCUUGAGGGAUGCCACAGUCAGCAAUAGAUAAAAAGCUGUUUCCGGCAUUAACCCACAUUCAGCAACUUAAGGCCUAACCACCAAACCGUAUUUAAUUU